CCGUUGGUUCAAUAGCACUAGUGGCACUAUUGUUAGUUGGGAGACCCCGAGCACACCGUCGCGUUAAAUAAUUAUUAAAUUUUCCAUCAGUUAAGAGAGAUUUCGGUAAAAUGUGUGAGCAGUACUGUGACAAGUUUGAGACCUUCAAUCCGGAGGUCGAGUUUGCCAAGUUCCAAAAACGCAAGCCCAUCGUGAGGACUGCCCAGCUCUACGAGAAUCUGCACAAGCGGGAGGAUAUCAAGUGUCCCUACAGCUUCAAGGGCUAUGGCGUGGAGACGGACUCCAAUACCAUGUACCGCACCUGCAACUCGGAAUACGGUUACUAUGCCCCCAAUGCCUAUACCAUCCCCAAGCGUUUCUAUCCACUUCCCCAGAAUUUCUCCAACGAAGUCGUUCGUUUCGGCAUGUAUCGCAAUUUCUCCCUCAACACCCAUAUGGAUCGCACCUUCUACUAAGAAUUGGCUUCAAAU